UUGCCCGGAUGUCGCUUCCAUCACAACUGACUCUGUUGGAUCCACAGUCAUCACGUAUUCCAUUUUUCCAUUGCAAAUUGUACAAACACGGUGCGUCGAUAUUAAUAUUACCAGCAAGGUUCCGUUCGUCAAAAAAUCGUGUUUCGUCUCCUUUGGCAAAGUACUUUCAGAAUUUGCCCUCACUACUGUCUGUGAACUUAGUUGUCAUCACUUCGCUCGUGGUCACGACCAAACCGGGAAAUAAGUUUGUAUCAAGCACGAUAUAUUUUCGGUAUACAACGUGGGAGCAUCCAUAAGGGAAACGAAACGAAGACUGCGAACGAGAAUGAACGAGAACUCUUCUUAAAACCAGGUCAGCUGACGAUCUUUUAGACAGGGUAAAAGAACUUCUAAUCAGGAACUCCGUCACGUUUUUCGGCGAAUAACGGCCUUAUCUGUUUUCCAAAUAAGGCGCUGGAAGGUUUGGAGUAACUUCUUAAAGAGGAUGUAAAUGACAUUUUCAGCUGAUUGUCAACAUGAGUCCUGGGUUUAAAAUCUGGAUAUUUUGUUUAAUCUACUUCACUUUAAACCGCCAUUUCGUGUGCGGUUUUAACGAUACUGACUCAAUCCGAGCUAUGGUGACAUUCAACGAUACUCAGGGAGUCGUUAAACCGACGACUGUUCCUCGAGUGAAGCAUCAAUUGCACAUCGCUGGUUUGUUCGAUCACGAUUCUCGCAAUGGAGCAGGCUGCCUCGACGCUGCCUUCAUGGCCGUCGAAGAAAUCAACAACGAUUUAAAAUACCUGGCGGACUAUGAAAUUGUUCUUCACCAUCACAAAUCGACAAAGGGCCGUCUCAGCGAAGGAACCAAAAUAUUGUACGAAUAUUUAAACACUCCACCCAAAAAGCUUAUGAUCCUUGGACCAUUUAAUGAUGACCUGGCCAAAACAGUGGCUGCAUAUGCUGGACUGCCAGAGAUUGGAAUUUUACAGUUUUCUCAUGGAGCAACCAACCUGGAGCUCACAACCAAACGAGACCGAUAUCCUUUAUUCUUCCGCACCGUUCCAACAGAAUUCGUCUUCAACGAGCCUCGUUUGCAGUUUAUCAAUAAAUUUGGCUGGAAGGACGAAAUUGGUUUGAUUUAUGACGCGUCACCAUACUACUCACUGAUAAGCAAGCAUCUAGCUAAAAGUCUAGAAGGCAAUGGGAGCAAAAUCGUGGCAAAUGAAGGCUUUACACAAGAUCCAGCAGUUGCUGUCAAAAUCCUAAAGGACAAGGGAGCCCACAUUAUCGUUGGUACAUUUCAUCACUCCAGAGCAAGGGAAGUGUUUUGUCAGGCUUAUCGAAACAGAAUGUACGGCGAAAACUACGUCUGGAUGGUAACAUCUACCCCGGAUGCUAAUAUAACCUCUGAUUGGUGGAAUCCUGAACUCCCCACAAAAUUAGAUUGCACGAGAUCACAGAUGGAAGAGGCGUUAGAUCACCACUUCAAUUUCUACUACAAGAAUGAAAUCAACGGCACUUUAGUGUCAGGAAAGACAACAGAUAAAUUCUUUACGCACUACAAUCAAAGAAUCCCACCUUCGUUUCGUAGUACUUACGCGCCAUUUGCUUACGAGGCUAUGUGGGCGAUUGCCGUUACUCUUGAGCGUGCUCGGCCAGUAUUGACCGCGUGGGGCAUGGAACUACACGACCUUGGUUACGAGCGACCCAGUGUGAGCGAGCUGUUGAAGGAAGAGGCAGCCCAAUUGCAUUUUACGGGACCGUCGGGUGUAGUCGCGUUUGAUGAGAAUGGAAACAGGAAGUGCACAGUUUUCAUACAGCAGUUCACGAAAUCUGUUGGCUCUUUUGAAGUGGGUGUGUAUGACUACAAUCCCCCUUCCCUUCUCCUGAGGGGAGAUUCCACAGGAAACGGUACACCAGCGGUUUUGAAAUAUGUAAAUUGGCCAGCCGGUCAACCUUACCAAAGGAAAUCUUCAACAGAUUCGUGGUUGUACAUCAGUCUUCCUCUCUUCCUGUCGUGGUCUUUAAUCUCUGGAUUUCUUCUCGUUUGCUGUGUUCUUUGUUUGGCUUUACUUUUAGUUUUUCGACGUCAUAGAGUCAUCUACCAUUCUGGCUUUUACCUCACUGAAUUGCUCAUCUUUGGCUGCAUGCUGAAUCUUCUUUCCGUUGUGCUGUUUGGAUUUGACGGUGCCCUUGUUUCCUUUGAACUGAUGCAGUGGGUUUGUCAGGCACGUUCCUGGUUUCUCAGCCUGGGGUUCACAUUUUGUCUCGGCAGUGUACUUCCCAGAGUCCUCUUCGCUUUCAGAGUUGUGUCAAGGAGACCGCUAACGAUAAAAAAGGUUCCAUGGAUGUGGAUGCAUUUCAUGGCCUUGGUUAUCUUCAUUUGUGACGUCAUUUUGUUGAUCACGUGGCAAGUUAUUUUUAACCCCCGUGCAGUGAGAACUCUGCGAGAGGUAUCCAGACCCCGUCCGUACCAUGAGCGAACAGUCCUCGUUGAACAAUGCAUCUCUGACGAUGAGAUGGGAGCGCUGGCUCUCCUCUUCAUUCCCAAGGGAGUACUUCUCCUGAUUGGCGCCUUAGCAGCCUGGCCGGCACGCCACCUGUGUAUGCCGUUGUGUAACAACACGCGAAACUGUAUUCAGUGUGUGGCAAUAGCAAGUGUAAUGUGCGUCAUCGAGAUUCCGAUAAUAAUGCACGUGCGACAGUAUCCCAAUCCCUUUUAUGGUAUUACAGGUCUCAUCAUCAUCGUAAUAUCAGCGGCACUCUUGAUUAUUGGAGUCGUUCCGCAGCUGAAACGGGCCCAGAAAUGCCAAAAGAAAUCACAGAUCGCAUCUGAAGAAAACAAUGAUGUAGAAAUGAGACAUGACAACAAUUACGAGAACAACUGCGGCGGCUGUGAAUGUGAUGUAUGUGCUAAUCCCAAGAAGUUCAGACCUCAACUGGCCUCGUGCUCAGGUCCCUACUCCUGUGCGCCGAUCUCCCAUGAGUGGGACUACAUGGUCAACAACAUACCAAACAGAACUAAAGAAGGGGAGACUCGUAUUGUAACCGAAACAGUCUACAUUGACCCACCCAAGAUUCCAACAGCGGCAGCGUACACUCAAACAAUGCAAGUCUUGUACAACACAUCCCAGGUACAAACAGUCGUCGUCAGAACCCAGAGCGCUUGCAUGUUAACAGAACCGGAACCAGAAGUCGAAACUGCAGAACUGAUGAUGCAAACGGAAGCGGAAGAACCAACACCAGUGGCGACUGUCGACACACAGACAAUAAGUGUUAAGUUGAGUGACAGCAUUGUCCAAACAGAGAGAAAACCACUAAGUCAUAUUCACACACAAACAGACAAGGCGAAGAUGAACGAUUCAUUCGUUCAAACGGAUGAUCCUCCUGAGCCAGAAAUCGUGGACGAUGAAUCAGACACAGCCAGCGUUUCCAGCAGUAUGUCCACCAGUCCAAAGCAACAGCGAAAGACGAGAAGAUCCAGAUUCAAUAUACAACCAAAAAUUAACACGAACUUAAGUCAAAGAAAAAAAGAAUUGGUAGCAAAAUCAUCUCAUGUUGCCACACCUCGUCUGAGGCUGUCAACACCUCAACCGUACCCUACACCAAGAUCGAGAGAUCCAUCGCCAGCUCGGGGGGAAAAUAGAUGAAGAUUAAAUUCUGCUGAUCGAUGAGCUCGGGUGGUGGGUCGAGCUUGUUGCAACUCUUGAGAAAUGGCUGUAACUUCAACAAUAAAUGAGGAAAAAGCAUCGUAUUUAAGAGCUUUGUCAACGAAUUAUUUGUUUGCGGGAGUAAAACAACUUCCGGUUAGAAGGAGACUACUGGAAAACUGGAGAUUCCAUUAAAAGCCGGUUAUCGGCGGUCUUCUGCCGCCUUUAACCCCUAAAUUCCCAUGAGUGGCCAAGAAGGAAUUUCUCCUUACCAUAUCGAUAUAAUAUCAAGCAGAAAGGUGUUGAGAAAAUAGAGAAAUAUCAAUUAGGAGAGUAUUAAUUGAUCUUAUACAAAUUCUCUGAACUAACAUCAUAAGAAUUGUACGGCAGACAGUAAGGAGAAUUACUGAUGAGAUCGUGUGUUUGGCUUUCGCGUUGUUGCCCCUUUUUCGGGCACAGCGGCCUAUGAAACAAUUUCUCCUUGAGUAUAGAAGUAUUUUAGUUUUGGCCGUGAUCUCUAGUGCGAUGAAUCUUUGUUGAUGAAUCUUUGUUGGUGGCCUCGGUCGACAUGUCGGCCGAUAUAUCGGUCCGAUACUUGACCGAUACUUCACUGGCAGUUAAUCGCUACGUAUCGGCCGAUGCAUCGGCCGUCAGUCGGUCGAUAUAUCGGUCGACUAUCGGUCGACUAUCGGCCGAUACAUCGGUCGACUGUCGGCCGAUAUGUCGACCAAGGCCACCUAUAGUACACAUGAUCCGAAUAGUCUUGCAAAAGCUUCCAUUAUUUUCAAAACACUCUAAUAUUCGUUCACGAACGGUAAAACCAAGAGGAAAAGUGGUAUCAAUAGUCUGAAUAUGAAGAUACCAUGGAUGGUCCACGGAGAAAUCUCGGAAACACUACUUACAGUUCACGGGGAGACCGCCGAAGAUAGGCGGAAAACUAACCGACGACAUAGCUCAAUGUUUCUCACCAGUUGUACACGGAGUUAGAUUUCGCAUCGUGGCGCCACCAAAAGCCUGGCCAUUACCAAUUAAAAAGAGAAAAAAAACGCUUAGAUUAGUGGAGAACUAGGUAAAUAUAAAA